AUGUGGCAUUUAUUCGGGAAAUACAUUUUUGAGCAUCACCACUGCAUAUUUGAGAUGCCGCCGAGGCAAAUGCUCGCGUACAAGGUUGAUGCGAUGGUCAAGCACCACACCAUGCCGAAGAAGUGUUUGGACAUGGAGCCGAUGAGGAAAUACGCACUCAAAAUGGAUGCCAAUUUCCGAGCUGCGUUUGGAGACCGCAUGUUGCACUUCCGCCCAGAUUUGUCAGAUAAUGAGACUACACAUUUCGAGAUCUGCGAGCUAGACCACCAGAUUGUCAGGAUGGACUGGAAUGAUUUGUUCGAGAAGCAUGCCGAAGCUCUUUUGAGCAACUCAUGCCAGAAGCAGGAGAAGCGGUGA